AUGGCAUCUUCAUCUUCCUCUCACUCUUCGACCCCUAAUAUUGCUACUCUUGUCUCCAUCAAGCUCAAUGAAACCAAUUAUCUUCUAUGGGAAAGCCAAGUUAAACCUUUUCUAAUUGGCCAAAAUCUUUGGCGUUUUGUUGAUGGCUCUCAUCUUUGUCCUGCAGCCACCAUUCCUGAUCCUGCGUCUAAAACUACUGAUGCGACGCCUGCCACUCACCCCAAUCCUGCCUACAUCUCGUGGUAUCAAACCGAUCAAUCUCUCAUCAGUCAGCUUCGUGCCACUCUUUCGGAAUCUGUUCUUUCUCAAGUUGUUGGUCUUGACACCUCCCAGGCUAUUUGGGACUCUUUGGCCCGAAAUUUCUCUCAAUACUCUGUUGCCAACUCUGCUUAG